AUGCCCCAAGAGCAGUUUUUUGGGCUUCCGGUUCAUUCUCUUGUUGAUGUACUCUCGGAACUACCCCUCCCGGACGGGUGCUCGAUUAGCGGGGUGUCUCGUAAAUGGCGCUGCGUUCUGGCGCCUUCUGUUCCGAGUUCAAAAGACCCUAUUAUCACCGAGGAUCAUGAUGAAAAGGUCAUGUCGUUUUUAGAAGCCGGCAUCCCAGUGUUUGUCAGUUCUGAAUACUCGCAGGAUGCCUACCAGCAAUGUGGUCCCAACGCGAUUGCGCUCGUUACUGAUCCACGGUGGAAUAAAUUAACAAAACCACAGAUCGCACUGAAAGCGGGUUGGGGUAGUCCUGGCACUCACCCAGCGUCUUCCUGUUUUCACAAGCUCGUCAACUCCGUCGCUAGGGUAUUUAACUAUCAAACUGAGACGGAUAUCGCGUCUGAGGUGGGGUUUAAAAAAGUCCCGGAGAGCGGACUGACACUACCGACUAAGAUGAAACCGCCUGAAUACACGAGGCCAUCAUCAGAGGUGCUUGAGAUGCAGCUUUUCCAUAGUGAGGAGGUGGGAUUCGCGGUUAGGGACGGCGUCAGGCUACCACCAAUCGCCAAUCGCCUUUGCUGGCCGACAUUUCUGGGUGACAUGGUUCCCACUGCGGUGGCCACAUGCAUUUCGGGCCGCGGCUUGAUUCGUUGGUGGCAGUUAAACGACUGCGCUGAGUUUUUGAUCCAAGCUGCACUGCCCCUGCCAACCGCUGGGGAGCUUGGGAUUCAUCCCGACGGUUCGCUUGAUGCCAGCGGCCCCCACCAAAGGGUCGCGCGCGAGGUGAAAUUGGGGGGGGAGGGCGGCAAUCCCGAUGCUCCCGUUAGGGUUUACCUCUUUGGUGAGAAAGGGAGCUACGACUGGUUUCUGCACGACGACGAGUCCGCCGUGAGUGAGGGCAGGGUGGUCGCCCUAGAUAUAUUUAAUACUCCGGACGAGGCGCUGCCCAACGACCCAUCGUUGCUGCCUAUCAUUAUCGUCGCCUUGGUUCACGCGGGAGGAGAGGUGCUGCUGGUCCCACCCAACGCCCCCUACAUGUCCCUCACCCUGCGCCACAGCGUUUUGAUCGAGAAGCGCGGUCUCAACCGUCUCUGGCUCGAUGAGCUUUCCUACUUUUUAAUCCGCUGCGCCCGCCUGGCGGUGUGGCCCGCGAUCUACGACUACGUCGAGGUCGACCUGCAGAACGAGGACUACGUCACCCAGAGGCUUAUUCCCUCUCUUUUUGACCUCCUCCGUCGCAGUGACGGCGGGGGUCUUCUCGAGGGCUGUCUGCGGCGUCGCGCGGCCGCCUCACUGCUCGCGAUUGUGUCACACCCGACGCACUUCGCGUUGUCCCCGGCCUCCCGUGAGGCCCUCACACGGACGCUUCAUAGUGAGGCCGGGGGGGUGCUGUCCCAGCCAACCCCUCCGGGGAGUCCUGGGUCAGGCCCGGUAGUGUCCUUGGAGGACGCCACACGUGCGCGUUGGGCCCUCCCAGGGUGGCGUUGGCCUCGUCCUGGGUGUGUCCUGCAGGCGCGGGACCGCACUGGGGCGGAGUGGGUCCUCCCGGUUGUCUACGUGGACCAUCGCCCGGUCUUCGGGGUGGCGCGGCAGGACGUGGAGGAGACGCGGCGGGACUACGCCACGAUGUCGGGGCUGGUGGACCGGCCCAAGGCGCUGUGGGCGUACCUGCGAUCCCGAAAGUCCCCGGACGACGCCCUCUUGGAGGAGCUUUUUUGA